AUGCUGAAUGAGAGUGACAGCUAUCAGAAAAUCAAGCAGGUGCCACCACCAUCGCCAAUGCCGACAUCGAAAACACGAAUGCAACUGCCGUUUAGAACCGGAAGAAGAGCGCCAUUGGCCGAAUUCGAAUCUUCCGUGGUAGAGGACUCGCCAGCAGUCGAGAACAAUCCGUUGACGUUCGAAAAAUGGAGCAACAGCCCUCGAAACAAGAGAAGGCACUCGGCGCACAUAAACGGAUUUGCGGAGCCGAUUGCUGAGGAAAGCGAUGGCAAUGGCAAUCCCGGCCAGCCCAUCACAGCUCCUACUUCGUCCAGAUCGGAAUGUGCAAUGUCUCCGGUAAUGCCAAGACACGAACCAGCCCCAGGACUUAUCGACGAUGAAAUUCUGGACCAGCCCAUGCUCGUUGGCGAUACGUUCUCGCACUCUGAGUCGUCCGACUGCCUAUCAGCCGUGAGAAGAAUGGAAUUCGAAGCCGAGAAAGCCACUCUCAUCUCGAUCGACCGGUCGCUCGUCGACGACGAUUCGCUACCACGACGGACUUAUGACAAUGGCAAUGUUCCACCUCCUACCACAGCGCGUGCCGCCACGGUGUUCACUGGCCCACCGCUAGCCUAUCGUAAAGCUCUCGAAGAUGGUCUCAGUGAGGUCGACGAUAUACGAAGUCAACUUGAGAAGCUUCAACUUCUCGUCUCUCAGGAAAUGCGUGGAACAGAAAUGGAGAAGUUAAUCCGCGAAAAUGAGGCACUCCGACGCGAGCUGGUUGCUAAGGAUGAUCUGAUUUCCAGUCUUCGACAGCAGAUCGCCUCACAACGCCGUGAAACCUGA